AGACAGGUCAUCGCCCCGAAAGUACGCAGCUCUGGUUUUAAGAGACCCCGCUAUUCCCAGUGCUGUUAAGAAUGGACAGUGGAUACAGUUCAAUGAUUUUUUUUACGCCGGUGGAAAAACAAUGGCGCGAGUUUUACGUAAAUUACGCCAAACGUCAUCACGUUCAGAGCGCUAUAUAAACUCGGCGACUCCACAGACACAGCAUCUCCGACUUCUGGUGAUCAAGCAGAAACAACUCAGAAACAGAACAACCCUUCUCAUUUUACCAGACCGUCUCCACUCUUCACGAAAGCAACUACAACAGCAACAGCCCAAGAAGAAAGAAGUUUAUCUGAGCACAUUGAUAUCUAGUGUCUAGCUCCAAGUCAAUCGUCCCCACGAUGUCUUCCUUGAAACUAACAAGCGCCGUGUCGUCUGCAGUACUGGUGCUACUCUCCACUCUUCUAUCGUCUGCAGCAGCCCAAGGGGUCGUCCUCCGUCCGGGAAGAUGUCCUGCUACGGGGACUCAGGCUGCUUUUGACCCCAGUCGGUACCUGGGUACCUGGUACGAGUACGAGCGCUUCGACAAUUGGUUCGAGGCGGGCAUGGACUGUGUGAGAGCCGAGUACGGUCUGAACCCUGACCAGACCAUCAGUGUUCUCAACGCCGGCACCAGGACCUUUAAGCUGUUCGGACGUACUAUCUUCAGCCGGCCGGCCUCCAUCAACGGUGACGCUACCACACCGGACCCUGCUUCCCCCGCCCAGCUCAAAGUGUCCUUCUCACAAUUUGACGUUAUUGGUGGUAAUGAGCCUAACUACUACAUCGUGGAGACGGACUACGACAACUACGCGGUUGUCUUCUCUUGUUUUAACCUGCCUGGACUGCCUGUGAAUAUCCAGUUUGCGUGGAUCCUGACAAGAGACAGAGGGGUAGCCCCUGCUAACCUGAACGCCAUCAAAAGCAACCUCCAAGCUGCUGGCGUCAGAACGAAAUACUUCAAAUCUGUGAACCAAGCUGAUUGCCCUGUAGUAUAAAUCUCAUUUCUGUUCUUUUGUCUCAAACCGAAUCCAUUUGAGACCAAUAUUGUCGAACUAUUAUGUACUAUGUAUCCACUUUUUUACACUCUCCCCUUGGAAGCGGAGUACAAAAUGUAUUAACUGUAGGUUAUUCAUGUAUACGCUUCUCAUGUAGUUCUUAUUUUUUUUCAACGUGUUGUUCUUGUCAGUUUGGGCACUGGCAAUAAUACAGUGGCAGCAAUCAGGAAUGAUAUGACUAUAACAUGUUCAGAUUUUGGGGUGACUUUUCUUUCUUGUCAAGAGCUCUGUGAUAAAUAUAAUAUAAAAAUAUAUACCUGACAGAGUGAAGCAGACCAAAGAGUUUAGAAGAGAAAGAAGGAUUUAAAGAGAGAGAGAGAGAGAGAGAGAGAGAGAGAGAGAGAGAGAGAG